UCUGCUCAAACCGAUUGCGACAACAACAACAGCAACAACGUCAGAACGAUAGAGUUGGCCCAUCAUGACCUCCAACUUCAAUUUCUUUAAAGGGAGGAGCGACGAAAAGACCACACCAGCCUACGGACAAGACGACGGAAUUGAACGCGGCGCUCGUUACAGCAGCGAAAAUGGCCAAGUCGUCGACGAAGACGGUGAUGGCGAUGGUACUGAUGAUCUCCAUCGCGCCAUGAAGCCGCGCCAGUUGAACAUGAUGGCCAUCGCUGGCGCCAUCGGCACAGGUCUGAUUAUCGGCACUGGCACAUCGCUCAAACUCGGCCCCGGCUCCCUGCUCAUCGGAUACCUGAUCAUGGGAAUCUGCGUCUACAUCGUCAUGGUUGCUCUCGGCGAGAUGGGUGCCUGGCUACCACACAAAAAGUCCUUCUCCGGUUACGCUACACGUUUCGUCGAUCCUGCUUUCGGUUUCGCUACGGGAUGGAACUACUUUUUCAAAUACGUGAUUGUGCUGCCCAACAACCUGACGGCUACGGGAAUUAUUCUGCAAUAUUGGCGACCGGACAUCAAUGUGUCUGUGUGGAUCACGGUCUUUGGUGUGGCCAUCAUUGCUGUUAACCUCAUCCACGUCGCCUUCUUUGGCGAAGCCGAAUUCUGGAUGUCGCUCAUCAAAGCUCUCAUCAUUGUCAUGCUCAUCCUCCUCUGCUUCAUCAUUGCCCUCGGCGGCGGUCCCAACCACGUGCGCACCGGUUUCCGAUUCUGGCGAGACCCCGGCGCCUUUGCCCAGUAUUCGGCUUCGGCAGGCGACGACAAAGUGGUGAUCCCCGGUGCCACCGGCCGUUUCUUGGGUGUCUGGGCUUGCAUGGUCCAGGCCACCUUUGCCUACCUCGGCACUGAGCUCGUCGGCGUCGCGUUCGGCGAGACCCCCAACCCCCGCAAGAACGUCCCUCGCGCCGUCAGCCAGACGCUCAUGCGUAUUGUCUUCUUCUACCUCGGUGGUAUCCUCGUCUUGGGCAUGGCCGUCAAGUACACGGACCCCCUGCUCGGCGCUGUCAAGAAGACCAGCGGUCUGGCUUCCCCGUUCGUCAUCGCGGCCAAGAACGCUGGUAUCAACAAGCUCGACGACGCGGUCAACGGACUGUUGCUCAUCUUUACCGUAUCAGCUGCCAACUCGGAUAUCUACCUUGCCUCGCGCACCCUCUGGGCCUUGGCCAAGGACGGACAGGCGCCGGGCAUCAUGAACAAGACCAACAAGCGCGGUGUGCCUGUGCCGGCCGUCAUUCUGUCCUCCUUGUUCAUUCUUCUCGGAUACAUGAACGCCAGCAAGGGAUCGUCGACCGUAUUUGGCUACUUUGUGUCGCUCGUUACGGUCUUUGGGGCCCUGAACUGGGUUGCCAUCCUUGUUUCGUACCUCUUCAUGAUCCGGGCGAUGAAGGUGCAGGGCGUUCCUCGCGAGGUCAUGCCGUACAGAAACAUUUUGCUGCCGUGGGGUGCCCCGAUUGCGCUGUUCCUGACCAUCCUCAUUAUCAUUUUCAACGGAUUCGGCGCGUUCUUCCCGCACUUCCAGGUGGACAAGUUCUUGACGAGUUACAUUGGUAUUCCGGUGUUUUUGAUCAACAUUGGAUGGUGGAAGGUAUUCAAGAAGACCAAGCGGGUGAGGCCGGAGGAUGCGGAUUUGGUUACUGGGAGGAGGACGUUUUAAGUCCUGGUCCAGGGAAGGGAGUGAAGAGGGUGUGGACGAAGAGAAGCAUAGAGAUGCAUUGAAAGAGUUGCGAUGUGUUUUUGCAAAAGGGAAGGGAGAAGGUGUUGUAGAUACCCAUGAAUGAUGUGAAUGAUUAUGAUUCCAAGCU